AUGGAAGAGAAGGAUUUGUUGCAGAGCCUUGAAAAGGCCCGGGCACGGCUUCAACGAGUCAAUCUGGGCACCACCGAGCCUGUUCCAGAUGAUGUCACUGGUGGUGUAGCAUCCCCACCUUCGCGCAGUUCUGCAGGCAGUGGGAAAAAAGUGAUCAAGAAAGUGGUGGUCAAAAGGGUGAGAGAAAAGGUAGGUCAAAAUGAUGCAGAGGCGAACAAGGACAACACGGACAAGACAACUCUAGGGGACAUGAAAGGUCUGGACAAGAAAGACUCAAUGAUAGAUUCUCAGCUGACUGUUCCCUAUGAAGCAGAAGAUGUGGAGAAGAUCCAAGAAGAAAUGAUGUGGAAAGAUCACAACCAACGUGUGCUACAACAACUUCGUGAAGGGGAUAUCUCCACAACGCCAAGUUCAAAGAGUGAAGGUUCUUGUUCACCAGCCGCCAGGCUGAACCGUUUGGACAGCACGAGUGACUUGAGCGAUGUGAGCAGCGCAGGGCCAUCAGCAAGUUUGGUGGCACAACAACUUGGCCGGUGCAAUACCGGAGAACAACUCAGCAAACAUCUUGACUUUGACUCUCUCAGUGACACCUCUUGGGUUUCAGCAGAAGCCCAACGCAUCAUGCAGAAUGCAAAGCAGGAUGCAGAAAAGGCCGCAAGAUUGCUUGAACAUGCAAAGGCAAUGAUCGCUAAGGCUGAGCAACAGCAGAAGCAGCUAGAAGAUGCAAAUGGAAAGGAAACGCAAAAGACAGCUGAGGCAGAGGCAAACAAGAAGAAAGAAGAGGAUGCGAAGAAGGCAGCAGAGGCUGAAGAGGAGAGAAAGAAAGCACAGGAUGCGAAGAAAGCUGAAGAGGAAAGACAGAAAGCUGAAGAUGCUAAGAAGACAGCAGAGGCUGAAGAGGAGCGAAAGAAGGCAGAGGAGGCAAAGAGGGCCGAAGAGGAGAGAAAGAAAGCAGAGGAUGUCAAAAAGGCUGAGGAGGAGAGAAAGAAAGCAGAGGAUGCGAAGAAGGCAGAGGAGGAAAGACAGAAAGCUGAAGAUGCGAAGAAGACAGCAGAGGCAGAAGAGGAGAGAAAGAAAGCAGAGGAGGCAAGGAAGGCCGAAGAGGAGAGAAAGAAGGCAGAGGAGGCGAAGAAGGCUGAGGAGGAGAGAAAGAAAGCUGAGGAUGCCAAGAAGGCAGAGGAGGAAAGACAGAAAGCGGAGGAUGCGAAGAAGGCAGAGGAGGAAAGACAGAAAGCUGAAGAUGCGAAGAAGACAGCAGAGGCUGAAGAGGAGCCAAAGAAGGCAGAGGAGGCAAAGAAGGCCGAAGAGGAGAGAAAGAAGGCCGAGGAUGCGAAGAAGGCAGAGGAGGAAAGACAGAAAGCUGAAGAUGCGAAGAAGACAGCAGAGGCAGAAGAGGAGAGAAAGAAGGCAGAAGAUGCGAAGAAGGCAGAGGAGGAAAGACAGAAAGCUGAAGAUGCGAAGAAGACAGCAGAGGCAGAAGAGGAGAGAAAGAAAGCACAGGAUGCGAAGAAAGCUGAAGAGGAAAGACAGAAAGCUGAAGAUGCGAAGAAGACAGCAGAGGCAGAAGAGGAGCGAAAGAAGGCAGAGGAGGCAAAGAGGGCCGAAGAGGAGAGAAAGAAAGCAGAGGAUGCGAAGAAGACAACAAAGGCUGAAGAGGAGAGGAAGAAAGGUGAGGUUGAGAAUAAGAAACCAGACGAUGCAAAGCGACAUGCGGAACACAACAAGGCCCUAGAAGAGAAGCAAAAAGCUGAGGAGGCAAUGAAAGUUGCCCAAGAGAUGAUGGAGCAAGCAAAAAAGGCGUUAGAAAAAGCAAAGGGCAAAGAAGAGGGCAAAGAAGAGGGCAAAGAAGAGGGCAAAGAAGAGGGCAAAGAGACCAAUGGAGAAGCACUUGUUGACAACACCGAGGAAGAAAGGAAGAAAAAAGAACUGGCGCAGAAGAAAGCUUCUGCCCAUGCCCGCUACAUGAGAAUCCUUUUAGUGUACCGAGACAAAGACACUCCUCGAGAACUUCGGCUGAUGGGGCAAGAAGCCAAGGGCAGUUCAUCGCUUAAUGCUGUGCUGUUUGACGCGUGGGUGCAGUGCGCUGAGGGCCAGUGGAGUACAUCUGCAUUCUACCUCAACAUCAAAACCCGCCACACAAACAAGAAACGAGGGACUCGAAAAUGGAUGUUGUCAGGUGAGAUGGAUGCUGCAUUUGGCAGCCACGUUGCUGAUGCCAUGCGUCAACACAAGGCCAAUGACGCCACUUUGUGGGAGAAGGAAACGAGAUUCCAUCCCGAGCUACCACAAAAAGAGGAGUUCCGACAGUACUUGUGCCUAUGCGAAGAUGCUGAAGAUACUGAGGUGUGUGAAGAGAUCGAGCGACUUUACAGUUGCAUUGACAAGGAUUCUGGCAGCAGCAGCAGCAGUUCGUCUUCGUGCCGAAAAAGGAAGUCACCUCCUAAGGAUUCUAAGGAUGAAAAGCCAAAGGAUUCAAAGGACAAGAAGGACAAGAAAGACAAGAAGAGCAAAAAGGACAAAAAAGAUAAGAGUAAGAAGGAGAAGAAGAGCCAGGGCAAGAACAAGAUUGGCAGCAAGGGUGAGUCGCAAGAGAGUGACAAGUACCAAGAGUCUGUGAAGGCAGACUAUGAUGCAAAAAAGCAGGCUUGCGAGGCAGCACGUGCAGAACUUCAAAAAGCUGUGGAUGAUGACAAGGUUGUUCGCUCCUUGAUCGAUGCCUGUGAUGCGGCCCGUGUAGAGCUGGGAGUUGCGGUUGAGCCAUUGAAGGUUAAGAAAGCCAAAAAAAAAAGUUUGGCUUGGAGAUAG